GAAUGUCUCACGAGGAACUGCUGCUAGUUUUAUGGUAGAGAAUUCGAGAGCUUCGGCACCGAUUGCCACAUUAUCGCUUAUUAGCUUUAUUGUAGGAGCUGGACUGGUGGCGUUACCGUUCUCUGCGUUUCAUAUGAGCAUUUAUUUGGCAAUUCCAUACCACAUUUUUAACUGGAGCUGCGCUAUUUAUUCGAUCCAUCUGUUUCUAAAAUGAGCAGAAGUGACAGGUCAAGACUCGAUGGCUAGAAUUGGAUGUGAAGUGCUGGGAAAAUUCUCUCUAUACUUGGUAAACUCGCUGCAAAUAGUAGCUUUCGGAAUUUUACCCGUUGCCUACCUGAUUAUUAUGGGUCAAUCUCUAAAUUCAAUGCUGAUAAUUGUGUCCUGGGUAAAACACUCAUGUAAAGGAACUCUAGAUAAACAAUGGUUCAGUGUAGUUGCUAUGGCAUUAGUGCUAUCACCAUGGGUGUUGAAGAAGAAAUUUGAAGACCUCAAAAUUAUCGGAGUAUUAAUGUUCUCGACGGUGAUCCUAUUUACAGGAUUCUUCUUCUCCUUAUGAAUGUUCUUUAGGAGCUCAUGGCUUGAUCAUUAUGAAGAAGAUGAAUGGAAUAAAUUCUUUAAACCAAGCUUUGAUCUGAAGUUUUAUGCUUCACUAUCUACUCCUCUGGUCGCGUAUGGGUUCCAGUCAGCAUUCUUCCCUGUUUACAACAACUUGAAAGAGAAGAACUACUCUCAAGGUAUCAUUACUACCAUUCUGGCGAUGUCUUUUUGAUUUCUCAUCUAUAUGAUGGUUAUUUUUGCAUCUGCACAUACUUUUGGAGAAAAAGUAUGUGGAGAUGUUCUUCAAAAUUUACAAAAACCUAAAGAUGACCUAUAUUGGCAAGGAAUAGCUCUCAAAAGCUUUUUCAUUGUCAUCUUGGCAGGACAUUUUCCAUAUGUGUUUUUGGUUUUCAAGGAGUCAUUGCUUGCAAUAGUGGCUUUGAUUUUUAUCAGAGGAGAAACACAAAAUAUCACUGAAAGUGCCGAAUCUGAAGAACACUUUCAGAACCCACAUGUAAGAAGCAGAUUAGUUCCUACUGAUAGAGUCCAAUUACUUUCGGCUGCAAAUGAACAAGAAUAUAAAGAAAGGGAGUUUCAUACACCAGCAUCAAAGAGAAGAGUCCACAAUGAGUUAACCCCAAAUGACGAAAGUGAAAUUGAGAUCGAUCAGUCAAGAUCUUUUAAUACUAAUUACAACCUCGAAAACAAUGACUUGAUCCAAGCUUUGACACUUGAAGAUACCAACAUUGAAACUGUUUCUAAUAGCUGGAGAAAUCGUAUCUACUACUGAAUUACAAUCUUCAUGUAUCUUAUCAUAGUGCUAUCAGCAUGUUUUAUUCACAAUGUGGAAGUUGUAAUCAGGCUGGCAGGCUCAAUUGGAAAUCCAUUCUUGAAUUUCACUUUUCCUGGACUAUUCUACUUCGUAAUCAUGCGCAGACACGGUGUGAACAACAGCUGGUGGCAGCUAGGGUUAGCCCUUGCUCUAUGUAUAUAUGGAACAAUGAUGGGAGUUAUACUAACAAUCUUAAACAUAUGGAGUUCAUUUGAAAAGACAGAUGAAAAUUGAAUGUUUUCAUAAUAGACUUUUAAAUUGUUAGGACCGAGAAGGAUUAAUGAUAUAAAUUCCAAAAAAUAAAUGAAUAUUUCAUA